CAGCGGAUCUUGCGCACCCGCCCGCACAUAUCGUUCCUGGAGAACGUCGAGAAGGUCACCGCGGGCGGAGAGGAUGAGGACGGCCUCCCGCGGGACUCCGAUGCCACUCACGUGAAGAAGACCUUCGAGGACCAGGGCUUCUCUUGCAUCGACUUGGUGGUGAGUGCUCGGGACUACGGGAGCGCCACCGAGCGCAAGAGGUGGUUCUGCGUAGUCUUUGACAUUGCCCCGUCCAACAAAGCUGAGAUCACCAACAACUUCUUCGAGAUCCUGAACUCCAUUAAGAUCGGCGCCGGCAAGCCCGAGGAUUUUUUGAUUGACAACAACACGUUGGCAGGGUUGCUCAAGCCGGGCGACGACGACAGCCUGAACCGCUCGGCGGCUCCGCAGGCCAAGGCUUCCAAGGGCGACCCGAAUUGGAAGCUUAUCCACGAGGAGGCGUUCAGCACAUAUGAUGUUCAGUGGCCGCCGGAGCUCAGCGAAGAUCUGUUGACUUUUCGGUACAGGCGUGAGUCCGAAGUGGCAUUCUUCGGAAACGCAUUGUUUCCUUGUUCGACGCCUGGCCGCUGGGAGUUCUUCGAUGUCAACCGCACGCUGGAGCGCACCUUCAAGUACCCUCCCAAGCAGAAGAGGGGCCAGCUGACCAACCCCUGGAAGGAGUGGGUGCCAUGCAUGACAGGCCAUUCGUGCUUCGUCGGCCGCAUCAUGGACGCGAACGGGGACACGAUGAUGAAGCGCAUCCACGGUCUGGAAGCGAUGCAGCUGAUGGGGUGGGACCUCUCUUUCUAUAAGGACGGCGUGGCCCCCUUCUGGCAGGAGCGCGUCACCCCGGACGUGCUGGUGGACUUGGCGGGCAACGCGCGGUCGGCCUUCAGCGUUGCGCCACUCUUCGUCGCGAGCAUGGGGCGCGCCCCGUGGGUGUACUACAAGACGGCCCCCCCGCCCAGCAAGCGCUCCGAGCACUCCGAGAUCGUGAACGCCGACUCGGACGACAGCUCGGACAGCGACUAAGGGGACGGCAGGCGCGGCCAACCAGUCCAGGCUUCUGCUAGCAGCUAGCCCCCCCCAUGG